GAAUUGCAAAUGCUAUAUUAUCGCAGUAUGUAUGGUACUAUUUAGCUAGACCCCGUCAAACCUCAGGCCUCAAGUCUCAGGCUUGAUUAUGAUGGUCCGUUUGCAUCUUCCUUCAAAUCAGAACCGAACAGGCUAUACGACAAGGUUGUUCGUGACAUAUUCUUGAUUAUCUAGCUCUGCCUCUGAUUCAACAUAAUUUCAUCCGGUUCCAGUACCAUGACUGCACUUGGGAUAUGCUGGAACUCUGAGACGCGUCAGAUAUUCAUAUAACGGGAACUUUUCAAAUCGCUCUUUCUUGCUCUCAUCGCGCGCUUGGCUCCUCAGUUGGCUCUGAUACGCCUCACUCUUUUACUAUCGAACAUGUUUCAACGUCUUCUUUUGCCUAUGAGGCAACAGCACUCGUUACAGGAAGCACCACAGUCUCGAGCAGACAUGCAUUUCUGCAGACUAUUUUCUGGAGACGAAUUGUCCGUUUCCCUCGCUCGACACGAACACUAUCUGUGCGGAAAACUACGCCUCAAACCGGGAAUGACGGUUCUGCAUAUAGGCAGUGGGACUGGUACAAUCGCAGUCGAGCUAGUGCGAUUUUCGAAUGUCAAAGUUGUCGGCGUAGAGACUGAUCGUGAAAAGAUUAUGUCUGCAAUCGCAAGAGCUGAGCAACUUCAUAUGUCCGACAGGUUGAGCUUCAUUAAAGUCGACAGCUAUUCCGAAUUGAGUUCCAUGUUACCUUCGGAGUCGUUCGAUAUCGUUUAUGCCGUUGAGUCUCUUCGGCACGCGCCCUCAUUUUCCGACGUCUACAGUGAGAUGUGCAGAAUGCUCAAACCAGGUGGCAAGUUGGGGAUAUACGAAUGGUGUUGGUCCGCAAUGUUUGACCCGAGCGACCCUGAGCAUGGCCGAUUUACGGAGGUUUUCGAAGCCACUAUAGGACUCCCUCAAAGAGAUCCUAAUGGCCGUUCCAUCGCUGCUGCUAUCACCGCCAUUGAAUUAUGUGGUAUGCAAGUGCUACUCCAUGAAGAUCUUGCGGAAAAGCAAAAUUAUAUUCCAUGGUAUUCCAUCUUAGAGAAGGCUCUAUCUGACCCCUUCCAGUCCUCUGACGAAGCCUUCGGUCAGCAAUUCUUCAGCCUAUCUCGUAGUGCUGCAUAUCUACUCAUCCAGUCUGCCAAGUCGAAGCUCUUCACCCCAAUGGCAUUAUUCGUAGCACAGAGACCGAUGGAGUAAUUCGAGUUUGGACAUGCUGUGUGUGACAACGAUCCAGCUGUAUGGGCUUGCUCAGGUUUCUCUCUUCCGCAUCUGCCAUGUCAUGACCCGCUAGUUGAUAGUUCUCGGCAAAUAUCUGUUUGCCUUAGCAGUCUGCAAGACCAGACGAUGCUGUCAUUCAACCAGACGCUCUGCCCGCUGAAUAUUGAUGGAUCGAAGCGCAGUCAUAUGGUAUCUCCCAUCUCCGCCUCGAGUGCCGUUCUUGGCCGGGAAUCGAGAUGAAGAUCCGGUACUAAGACCCUUGGUGCUGUGGUUGCGCUUCUAGACUAUGAAUUUCCAGGCACCCCCUGUACCUGCAUGGAUGCCCCGAGAUAUCUUAUUGACGUAAUAGAACAUAUUCAAACCACCUGCC